UUUGCCGUCCGACUAGCGUUAAAAGUACCGGGAAAAGCGUAAAGGAGCGACUCCAGCCCGCGGCUUCCUCAACUUGGGUCCCGCUUCCUUCAGCGGCCGGAGAAGUCGGCUCGCCCCCUCUGCUCGGGAAAGGGGCUCAGCGGCGACGCGCGCGGAAGGGGCCACCGUGGAAAGCUGGUCCCGGCCCAGCCAGUGCCGGCGCCUGUUGCCAAGACAGUCCUGCCUGCCGCCCCUCACCGCCCAGCACCCCCUCGGCCAGGGCCUCCAGCCAGAGGACAGGAAUGGAAACGUGUGGAGGCUGGCGCCUUGUCGGCUGUCUGGCCGUGCUCUCCCUGCUCCUGUCCCUGAGCCUGGCGCAGUACGAGGGCUGGCCCCACUACCCCGAGUACUUUCAGCAGCCGGCCCCCGAGUACCACCGGCCACAGGUGCCCUCCGACGUCGUCAAGAUCCAGCUCCGCCUGGCGGGCCAGAAGAGGAAGCACAGCGAGGGGCGGGUGGAGGUGUACUACAACGGCCAGUGGGGCACCGUGUGUGACGACGACUUCUCCAUCCACGCGGCCCACGUCGUCUGCCGGGAGUUGGGAUACGUGGAGGCCAAGUCCUGGACGGCCAGCUCCUCCUACGGCAAAGGGGAAGGGCCCAUCUGGUUGGAUAAUAUCUACUGCACGGGCAAAGAGGCCACCCUCGCAGCCUGCUCCUCCAAUGGCUGGGGUGUCACCGACUGCAAGCACACAGAAGACGUGGGCGUGGUAUGCAGUGACAAAAGGAUUCCUGGCUUUAAGUUUGACAAUUCGUUGGUCAACCACAUAGAGAACCUGAACAUCCAGGUGGAGGACAUCCGGAUCCGAGCCAUCCUGGCCGCCUACCGCAAGCGCACCCCCGUGACGGAGGGCUACGUGGAGGUGAAGGACGGCAAGACGUGGAAGCAGAUCUGUGACAAGCACUGGACAGCCAAGAAUUCCCGCGUGGUCUGCGGCAUGUUUGGCUUCCCUGGGGAGAAGACGUACAACACCAAAGUGUACAAAGACCAAAACUUCAGGCCUGCUAAACCAGCGGAAACAGGACCCCAUUUCUGCCCCUUUCUGGACCAGCCUGCCCUAGGAGGUGAAUCAGCCGGCAGCGACGCCGUCUGGCUCUCUCUGGCAUCUCACAGAAUGUUUGCGGCCCGGAAGAAGCAGCGCUACUGGCCAUUCUCCAUGGACUGUACGGGCACCGAGGCGCACAUCUCCAGCUGCAAGCUGGGCACGCAGGUGUUGCUGGACCCUGUGAAGAAUGUCACCUGUGAGAAUGGGCUGCCAGCUGUGGUGAGCUGUGUGCCUGGCCAGGUCUUCAGCCCCGACGGGCCCUCAAGAUUCCGGAAAGCCUACAAACCAGAGCAACCCCUGGUGCGGCUGAGAGGCGGUGCCAACAUCGGAGAGGGCCGAGUGGAGGUGCUCAAGAAUGGAGAAUGGGGUACCGUCUGUGACGACAAGUGGGACCUGGUGUCAGCCAGCGUGGUCUGCAGAGAGCUGGGCUUUGGGAGUGCCAAAGAGGCCAUCACUGGCUCUCAGCUGGGGCAAGGGAUAGGACCCAUCCACCUCAAUGAGAUCGAGUGCACUGGGAAUGAGAAGUCCAUUAUAGACUGCAAGUUCAAUGCUGAGUCUCAGGGCUGCAGCCACGAGGAAGAUGCUGGUGUGAGAUGUAACAUCCCUGCCAUGGGCCUCCAGAAAAAGCUGCGCCUGAACGGGGGCCGGAACCCUUACGAGGGCCGAGUGGAGGUGCUGGUGGAGAGGAAUGGGUCCCUCGUAUGGGGGACGGUGUGUGGUGAGAACUGGGGCAUUGUGGAGGCCAUGGUGGUCUGCCGGCAGCUGGGCCUGGGCUUUGCCAGCAACGCCUUCCAGGAGACCUGGUAUUGGCACGGGGACAUCUUCGCCAACAAAGUGGUCAUGAGCGGAGUGAAGUGUUCGGGAACGGAGCUGUCCCUGGCGCACUGCCGUCACGACGAGGAUGUGACCUGCCCCCAGGGCGCAGUGCAAUAUGGGGCUGGAGUCGCCUGCUCAGAAACUGCCCCUGACCUGGUCCUCAAUGCGGAGAUUGUCCAGCAGAGCACCUACCUGGAGGACCGUCCCAUGUUCAUGCUCCAGUGCGCCAUGGAGGAGAACUGCCUGUCCGCCUCGGCUGCCCGGACCGACCCCACCACAGGCUACCGCCGCCUCCUGCGUUUCUCCUCCCAGAUCCACAACAAUGGGCAGUCUGACUUCCGGCCCAAGAAUGGCCGCCACGCGUGGAUCUGGCACGACUGCCACAGGCACUACCACAGCAUGGAGGUGUUCACCCACUAUGACCUCUUGAACCUCAACGGUACCAAGGUGGCAGAGGGCCACAAAGCCAGCUUCUGCUUGGAGGACACAGAAUGCGAAGGAGACAUCCAGAAGAAUUAUGAGUGUGCCAACUUCGGCGAGCAGGGCAUCACCAUGGGCUGCUGGGACAUGUAUCGCCAUGACAUCGACUGCCAGUGGGUCGACAUCACUGACGUACCCCCUGGAGACUACCUGUUCCAGGUUGUCAUUAACCCCAACUACGAGGUUGCAGAGUCUGACUACAGCAACAACAUCAUGAAGUGCAGGACCCGCUACGAUGGCCACCGUAUCUGGAUGUACAACUGCCACAUAGGUGGUUCCUUCAGUGAAGAGACAGAAAAAAAGUUUGAACACUUCAGCGGCCUCAUAAAUAACCAGCUCUCCAGGCGGUAAAGCACCAGGCCACCUCCUGUCUUUAGACCACAGCACAUCGUCCCCACCAGCUGCAGUCCGACGGAUGGCCACACUCCCCCCUCGCCCAGCCCUGCCCCGUCUGCAUGCCCCAGCAGCCCUGCCCAAGGCCCAGGAGGAAGGGGUGCGCCUGUCAUUUGCUGGGGGCUGCAGCCUGACCUCUGGAGCCUGGGGACGACCUCCAGGGUGCGGCUUGACCACAGGGCUGUGGGCGUCAAGAGCCAUCUUGUCUGGGACCCCAGGAGCACGGUUAGCAGCAGUGUCCCACCUAAACCACAGUCCACCCCAAGUAUGAGACCACCCCCACUCAAUUCACAUUACACGGGGCCACGUUGGUGGUGUGAGCGGUCAACCCGAGGUGGUCAGGCUGAAGUCCAUUUUUCUCUUCUUAGCUCACGUCCAGCCAACUUGAAUAUCUAGACCUCUCUUCCAAUUAAACAGACUGCGUCUGUUAUUCUCACAUAUACAGAUAAUGGUGCCAUGUGUUUUCCUAACUAGGUGAGCUCAGAGUUGGUGCUUCCCCCUACCCCUUAAAUCCUCUUAUUUUUCAAGAUACCAUUAUUAUUAUUUCACAGACUUUGAAAGACAAGGUAAUUUAGUGGCAUUUAAUAUUGGGCAUCUGGGCCCUUGAAAGUAUAGCUCCAAAGAAAAACCCACCCACCUGUGUAAGUGGCUCCUCCUUCUGUUGUUCCAAUUCUGUGGGCUGAUUCAACGGUGCUAGAGCCAGGGUCCUGGGUGAUGAGGACACCCACUGAGCGCCAUGUGUCAUCACAGACACUUACACAUACUUGAAACUUUGAAUAAAAGGUUUAUGGUA